GCGGGAGUUGUGAGACUUCCAUUUUCAAACCUCGGAUGUUUUAAUCGACGAUGCUUUUCUUUGUUUACUUUGAUUUCGCUUUUGUUAUAGUUCUGUAGCCUUUGAAAAUAGUUACAUUUGUGAUAAACUACGAUAAGAAACGAUGGAUUCAACAGAAGACGAUAUUUCGGCUCGGGUUUUGUUGAGGAGAGUCCUGCACACUGAGUUACCCAGAUCUCCUGUAACCAGAAGUGCAACAAAUGUACGACGGAGUAUGAGGCUAAAAAACACCCCUGGACUGGAGAGUCCUGGAUCUGCCUUACGACACAGACUCAAGAAGAAGCUCCAUGAGAGUGCCUCCUUGUCACCCCUCCCUUCUCCUAAACGGCCGAGGUCAACGGUGGCAAAUACGAACCCUCCUGUCACUGCCCCGUCCCCAGUAUAUGACGAGGACAUGACCACUCGUGGUCUGCUCAGGGGCAUCAUUCAGAUGGAGACCGAAGCAUCGCUGCUGAUGUCGGGUCAGCCUGCGUUUCAAGAAUCCGAGCCGAAUCCAGCCGAGUCCAGUGCUGGAGAGAGAACUGAAGGUCUGUCUGGAGUGGAGCUCUCUGACCUGACUCUGCACACUGAACCUCUGACGCAUGUGGUCAGAGGACUGAGCCGCAAGAAACCGCAGCAGGUCUUCAGUGUGUCAGCGUUCGAGGAACAGUUUGAUCAACUGCCAGACAACACAGAAGAGACCUCAAAUGUCUUUCAUAAAGGUGAUGUCUCUCAGGCAAAAGGAGAUGAUUCUCAAGAUUUAGAUGUGUCUUCUGGCUCAAAAAGUGGGCUGAACCUGACCUUGAAGACCCCAUUUGUAGAGAAGCGCAUUGAGAGGGCGGGGCUUCAGAGGAAGGUCUCCAAUCGGAGGCUGCAGUCUGUGGAUGCAUUUGAUGAGGCCGUUCAGAGAUGCCUGGAGCAGGGUCCUAACCAAGAUCAGUCUGUAUUUCAGGACGGAAAAACUCUAGAAGAUUCCUCCUGGCAGAAGUUCACUCUCGGCCUCAGUGAUGUCACAGAGCUUUAUGUCCAUUCUAAAAAAGAUGACACAAUGGGACCUUCUGCAGAGAACGAGAGAGCCAGUGAUAUUCCUGACUCAGAACCUUUAAUUCAAGAAGAAAAAGAUCAUGAGAUGGAAUCACAGGAUCAGGAAGAGGUGGUGCCUCCAUCCCAAGAUGAUGUGUAUUUGAGUGCAGAAGAUAUUGUACUUGCUCCAACGCAGGCAAUGACCGAAUCACUUCCUGAAUCUCAUGAUGUGGAGCUGCAAGAUCGAGAAUUUGUGGAGGAAGUUGAGAUUGGGAAUAUUGUGGAAAUUGAGUACGAGAACAUUGUGGAAACGGAGGAUCAAGAGGUUGUAGAAAUCGAGGAUGACAACAUUGAGGAAAUCGAGGAUGAGAAUGGAGAGGAAGUCGAGGAUGAGAAUGGAGAGGAAGUCGAGGAUGAGAAUGGAGAGGAAGUCGAGGAUGAGAACGGAGAGGAAGUCGAGGAUGAGAACAGAGAGGAAGUGGAGGAUGAGAACGCCCAGGAAGUCGAGGAUGAGAACGUCGAGGAUGAGAACGACGAGGAAGUUGAAGAUGAGAAUGCUGAGAAAGUUGAGGAUAAGGAGGUUAUUGAAGCUGAGCAUGAACAUAUUGACACCUCACAGUAUCUAGAGCAGAUAACUCGUAGAGCUCACCGCUCAGAGGGAGGAGGUGCUGUCCUGGGAAUUCCAGGCACCUCAAGAGUCACAAAGAGUUUUGGAGCUGGAUUGAACCCCAGAGAGAAAGAUCUUUUGGAUUUUGUCGAUGAGGGGAGAGUGAGUCUACAGGACAUUCCAGAUGAAGAAAGAGAAUCACUGGGCAGCCCUGAGUUUCCUCCGCUCCACCCCGCAGCAGAGCUCAGCACACCAGAGCAGAGGUCACUGCAACAUGAGGCUAGUCUGCCUGAAGAAGACGUGCCAGAGCUCGCAGAAGAAGAACCAAACCAAUCAGAGGAGGAGGAGCUGCUGGACUCUGAACCAGCCAAUCACAGCCCUGAAUUUCCACAGGAUGAGGAGGAGGAGGAAGAGGAUGAUGACGACGAUGCUCUAAGUGCAGAGUUGUCAAUGAAAACUCCUGCGUUUGUAAGACAGAAAAGAGUUUUUGCCAGUCGUACUGCGCAGACUACGCCAACUGUCCUUAAAGAAGUGAAUGCUGGUCCUGCCCCUCAGGUUGCCAAACGAGCCCCCAGGCAGAAGCGCCAGACGGGGGUCAAUGUUCUUCCCAAGAGUUACGUCAUGAGCGUGUUCAAGCACUUCGCCAAGACCAAGGUGGCCAGUGACAUCUAUCCUGCCAUUAAUGAAAUUCUUAAGAAGUACUUUGAACGGCUAGCAGACGAUCUGGAAGCAUAUGCUACUCAUGCCAAACGUAAAACUAUUGAGGUUGAAGAUUUUGAGCUCCUCAUGAGAAGGCAGGGCUUUGUGACUGACACCACACCUGUGAAUAUACUGAUCGAGAAAUAUCUUCCAAUGGAGUAUCGGAAACUUCUCAUCCCAGUGGCCACCAGCGGAAACAAAGUCAUCCCAAAACAAAGAAGGUGAACAUGCAGAUGUGACAUCCUUCUUAAACACUGCAGGUGGCUCCGCAGGUCUGCAUGUGUGUUCUUGUAAAUAUGUUCAUGUGUUCAAAACAAUAAAUGCCUUGGUUUGUAAAUAAGGAUUUGUGUAAUAUAUAUCUGCUAUUUGUUUUAUGCAGCACUAUUAAAAAUAAUGCUUUCAGUUCUUUGUAUUUUUAGCCAUUUAUGUAUUUUUUUU